AUGCCAAAACAAAAAAGAAAGACUUCGUCUGAUGUACUGUUCCAUUGGAAAAACUCCUACAAAAUACGUAAAUUGGAACCGGCGGAAACCAUCGAAAGUUUCAUAGAAAAAUGGCCUAUUUUAAAGAGUCCUUUAGCUCCAGAACUGGUAAAUGUGGACUUUCAAAUUAAACAUAGUCAACCAGAGGAUUUUCAUUUGGACAAUUUUCACAAUUUUUUCGAUGCUGUGUUGGCUUUAAGGAAAAAUUCGUUAACGGCGACAGACACUACGCUAUUAGAAUUAUUGGAUGGGGAAUUAACAAAUGGUAAAUAUAUUAUUUAUUCAGCUACAGCAAUAAAAUUGUAUAUAUUACCAGCAUUAGUUCCUCCCAAGACUCAGGUUCAAGCGGGUAAAACCAAUUGGAAACCGUCGAUAAGUGAGGCACGAGAUGCUUUUUUAGUACAUGUCAAAAUUCCGGGAGAUUUAGAAAAAGCAAAAAAGGAUCAAAUUGUCUAUAUGUUUAAAAAAGAAUUAACCGUUCAACCAUAUAUAAUACUAAUAGAACCGACAUUAAGUAAUAUUACAGGUAGCUUUGUCAUGGUUAACAAUUAUGAAUACAAAUGUAACUACACUCGUGAAUGGGUUCGGGAACUAUCUCUACGAAGAAUCUUAAAAGCUAGAGAAAUCAGUCAAGAAACCGUUAGAUUAAAACACUUUGUCGUACCAAAAAUUAAUUUCAGUGCUACAGACUACUUUGAGUUAAUUUACUGGAAUGAGUGCGAUGUGACACCGUCUUCUGUUUCAAGUGAUUUUACUGAUGAUAUUCUUAGGGACCUUAUAAAAGAAACCGAAAUUCCAGACUUUCAUUUUCUGAAGUUCCCUGUGCCGCAACUUGCAUGCAAAUGCAAGAAAGGCUGUCAUGGAGAAUGUGCCUGUAGAAAAAGCAGUCUGAAAUGUUUAAUAACCUGUCCUCAUUGUAAAAUCGCAUGUCAAUAUGCCUCAAAUGAAGACAUCGAUGAUCUGACGGAUGAUGAAGACGAUCCCCAAGAAGUCGCCCUUCAGUUAUCAGAAAAUUGA